UGGUAUUGAGCUUCCAUAGCGGCUACCAUAACUGAGCAAUGAAAUUGUUGAAUGAGACAAUCUCAAAGUCCUUUCCUCUACUACUAUGCUUCAACAGAACCCGCUCAUUUUCUUCUCAAACAAACAUAAAUAAACCGUUAACUCAAAAAUCUUUCUUCAAAUCAAACACCAAAGACGGCCUGGUUAGCCGUUUAUGCAAAGACGGGAAAUUUACGCAAGCCAUAGACAUUCUUUGCGACCAAAACCUCUUAGCCGAAGCAGUUCAAUUACUCAACCACAUUUUUAAACCCUCUACUUCUCUAUACUCGACCCUCUUACAGCAUUGUCUUCAGCACCGUGCUCUUGAUCAGGCCAAAUUGGUCCAUUCCCACACAAGAGUCUCCGGUUUCGAGCCAGGGCUGUUCCUUUGUAACCGUUUCAUUGAUUUGUACGCAAAAUGUGGGAGUCUUUUGGAUGCCCAGAAGGUGUUUGAUGAAAUGCCUGAGAGGGAUUUGUGUUCUUGGAAUACUAUGAUUUCUGGGUAUGCCAAAGUGGGGAAGAUCGGUGUAGCUAGGAAACUGUUUGAUGAAAUGCCUCAAAGAGAUAAUUUUUCUUGGACGGCGAUGAUUUCCGGGUACGUUCGGCACGAAAGGCCUAAUGAGGCUUUGGAGUUGUAUAGGAUGAUGCAGAGACGAGAGAGUUCAAAGUCUAAUAAGUUCACUGUGUCUAGCGUUCUUGCUGCUUCAGCAGCUAUUCACAGUUUGAGAAUGGGGAAGGAGAUUCAUGGUUAUAUAACGCGAACUGGGUUGGACUCGGAUGAGGUGGUUUGGAGUGCCUUGUCGGAUAUGUAUGGGAAAUGUGGGAGUAUAGAGGAAGCUAGGCGCAUUUUCGAUAAGAUGGUGAAUCGAGAUGUUGUGACAUGGACGGCGAUGAUUGGGAGAUACUUUGAGGAUGGGAAGAAGGGCGAGGGACUUGCCUUGUUUUCGGAGUUGAUGAAAUCCGGGAUUAGACCUAAUGAGUUCACGUUUGCAGGGGUUUUGAAUGCCUGUGCUGAUCAUGCUACUGAGAACCUAGGCAAGCAGGUACAUGGAUACAUGACACGGAUGGGAUUCGAUCCCUUUUCAUUUGCAGCAGGUGCCCUUGUUCAUAUGUAUUCAAAGUGUGGAAACACUGCUAAUGCGAAUAAGGUGUUUAAAGGGAUGCCCAGUCCAGAUUUGGUUUCGUGGACUUCCCUCAUUGUUGGAUAUGCUCGGAAUGGUCAAGCUGACGAAGCUCUUCAGUUGUUUGAGUCACUACUUAAAUCAGGUACUCGGCCUGAUCACGUAACAUUUGUAGGUGUUCUUUCAGCUUGUACUCAUGCUGGAUUAGUAGAUAGAGGACUUGAAUAUUUCCAUUCUCUUAAGGCAAAACAUGGGUUAAAACAUACUGCGGACCACUAUGCAUGCGUAGUUGAUUUGUUAGCCCGAGCUGGCCGAUUUGAUGAAGCCGAGAAUAUUAUAAGUGAAAUGCCCAUGAAGCCUAGUAAGUUCUUGUGGGCCUCCUUGAUUGGUGGUUGUAGAAUUCAUGGAAACGUCAAGCUGGCAAAGCGAGCUGCAGAGGCAUUGUUUGAGAUAGAACCUGAGAAUCCUGCUACUUAUGUUACUCUGGCCAACAUUUACGCUACCACUGGCAUGUGGAGUGAAGUAACAAAGGUUAGAAAGGAAAUGGAUGAAAGUGGUAUAAUAAAGAAACCAGGUCUGAGUUGGAUUGAGAUCAAGAGAGAGAUGCAUGUUUUCUUAGUUGGAGAUCAGUCUCACCCCAGAUACAAUGAAAUAGAUCACUUUUUGAGUGAAAUUUCAAAGAGGAUGAAAGAAGAAGGCUAUGUUCCUGACACGAACUUUGUGCUGCAUGAUGUUGAGGAGGAGCAGAAAGAGCAGAACCUCUCGUACCACAGUGAGAAGCUUGCAGUUGCAUUCGGGAUUAUUUCUACUCCACUAGGAACUCCAAUCAAGGUUUUUAAGAAUAUAAGAACAUGUGUAGAUUGUCAUAAUGCAAUUAAAUUUAUUUCCAAGAUUUCCGACAGAAAAAUAAUAGUGCGGGAUUCAAAUCGAUUCCAUUGUUUUGAGGAUGGGAAGUGUUCAUGUCUCGAUUAUUGGUGAUUUGAAUUGUUAAAGCAUUUUUGUCGAUUGCCAUCUGGGAACUUUGCACUUAUUCUUCUGAGCUGAAAAGGUCUUUACUAACAACAGUUCUUGUUCACAGUAGACU